ACGCAUGCGCUUUCUAAACGUGGGGGGCGGACUCUUCACUCACCCCGCGCGGUCCCAUCAUGCACCUGGACGGCGGCACUUGAGAAGCAGCGCGCGUGCGCGAGACGCAAGCAAGGCCUCGGUGAUCCCGGAAGCGACCGUUUGCCGAGGGGGCGUCACAUCCAGCCGGCAUUUUGUGCGGAGUCGGAGCGCGGCGCGGAGCUGAGCUGGUGGGGAGGCUGCAACCAUGACGGACCGCUACACGAUCCACAGCCAGCUGGAGCACCUGCAGUCCAAGUACAUCGGCACGGGCCACGCCGACACCACCAAGUGGGAGUGGCUGGUGAACCAACACCGUGACUCCUACUGCUCCUACAUGGGCCACUUCGACCUGCUCAACUACUUCGCCAUCGCCGAGAACGAAAGCAAGGCGCGCGUGCGCUUCAACCUCAUGGAGAAGAUGCUGCAGCCCUGCGGGCCGCCCGCCGACAAGCCCGACGAGUCCUAGAGCCAACCCGGCCUGGCCCGGCCCCGCCCUGCCAUGCGCUGAGCCGCAAACCACCCCGGCGGGGACACCGGCAGAGGCCUGAGGGGCCCUCGAGGCUGAAGAUGGACGGCGCUUGCUGUGGAACUGACGGACAUAGGUGCCUCUAUGCCCAUGUGUACGGCAGACUCCUGGUGUUUCUUCACCCUCCGGUUUUUUUAACGUGAAAGACAAACGUCCCGGGCAUUUCCUGAUUGCAGCUGGCGGGGGUCUGCAGCAGCCCUAGUUGCAGGAAGAGGACUGGCUGCACUUACCGUUGUUUUCCUUUAUGUAUAUGAAUGCGAUCACUUAUAGGGAAAUAUAUGUAACUUGUUCCGACUGCAAAAUUUAAAUUUUCAUCUUUCGAGUGUUUCAGUUCAGACAACUGAAAUCUCUCUGUAGAGAUGGAGAUAUAUAUAUUUUCCUAUAAAAUAUAUGUACAUGUUGAAUCUUAGGCUAUUGCUGCAAAGCCGUGGGCAUGGGCGGGGGAGUGAAGAAACUGAAAUUCUCUCUCUUCAUCCACCUCCUUCCACACACAAACCCCUCUUUCACUUUAUGGCUUUCAUAAAGUCAGGAACCUCCGCUGAUUUCCUGCCCUGUGUUGUAGAGGUCUCAUUAGCCAUACUUUCACCUUAAGGCGCAGGCAUGAUGGUACUCGCAACUCUGUGUACUGCAUCUAGUGCAAGACAACAUUAUCUCCUUAUGGCUUAAGUAAUAUAAAGCUGUGCAAUACAGCAACACAGAGGAUUGAAAUUGAUGGCCUAUUUCUUUAAAUAGCUUGUUUUGUAUAUUCUUUUUUCUGAGUUCUCAGUGUUGCUUUGGUUGUUUUUUUAACUCCUACUGUUUUCUUAACUUGCCUCUUCACUUUUUUCUCUUCUGUACUGCACCAUGUUCUAACAACAAAAUUAAAUUUUAAUCUUUAAAGUGCUCGAAUACAGACAAGCUUCCAUGUAUAAAACAUAGGCUGGAGUAGGAGAGGUCUAGGAAAAGCCAAAUGAUUCUCCGCUAAAAGAUUUUUUUUUCCCCUCUUUUCCCCCAUUGGAUCAAACUUGAGCUCUCCCUUUAGGUCUGUUUCGUUCAAGAGUUAAGUGCUUAGAACCCGUGUGUGGACAAAGUCUGUUUGGGUGAUAAAAGGAUAAAGCAAGUAUGUCGCUACAACACUGUUACCCAUGUAGAAUAAAUAUUGCUGCUCCUGAUUUGUUGCAUAACUUGAGUUAAAA